GACCAAGCACCCAAAGACAAAAAGAGAAAGGCAUCGAAGAGCGGCGGUAAAAGAAAAGAUGAAGCUGUUUCGACGGAGACCGAACAAUCUGGUGAAGAAUCCGAGGUUGAAGUAAAGGAGAGAAAGAGACCGGGCCGAAAAUCUAAAAAGCCCUCUAAGAUACCUACCGAAGAAGAACAGCCCGAAGCAGAUGAAGUCGAAGAAAGUGAAUCCGAGAAGAAGAAAUCAAACAAGAAAGGUAAAAAAUCACCUAAAGCACCUUCUGAGGAAGAUCAAGACGAAGACGACGAAAGUCAAUAUGAGGUUGAAUCCGUACUAGAUGAGAAAAUGAUCGGAGGAGUCCGACACUAUUUGAUCAGAUGGAAGGGUUAUGAAGAAGAGAGUGACACUUGGGAACCUGAAGACACCCUCGAGUGCGCGGAUCUCAUCGUAGAAUACAAAGAGCGCAAGAAGAAGGGCAAGGCCGAGAAGGGCAAAAAAUCGCCCAAAAAAGAUAAAAAGGAGCCCAAACCGGCCGACUGGGACGAAAACGAAGACUUCGAGGUGGACCGCAUUCUGGAGGUACAUCACAAACGGGAUGGCAAACGGGAGUUCCUAGUGUCCUGGAAGGGGUACAGUCACUCCGACAACAGUUGGGAGCCGGAAGAAAACAUGGAUUGCAAGGAUCUGAUAAACAGGUUUAUGGCGAAGGUUGAAAAAGCGAGGGAGAUGGACGAAAAGGAAUUGAGAGUAAACAGGAAACAAGUGCAGCGCUACACUCUCAGCAUGCAGGAGAGGUCAAGACGGUUGAGCAAGAGAUUCAGUGGUAAAGAGAGGGUCCAGUACCAUGAUGCCGAGUAACCUGUAGUACAACCAUCUAAUUUUAAGAUACUGGAUAUCAAUGUGUUUAAUCCUUAGAGUAUAUUAAUGUAACACAGAAAUUUAUUAUUAGAGUGUUAUUACUAUUAUUUGACCAUAACUGACUAGAAUGUACACACCCUUAGUAAGGUUUAUUUGAGAAUUCAAGAUUUGUUUAAUAUUUUCAUAUUAGUUUUAAGUUUGGCAAAUGAAUAGAUAUUUUAUUAUUGUAUGUCGUAGACAAAAAUUCGAAGUACAUACUUGUUUUCCUUUGAAACGAAAACUUGUUUCGAAACUGUUUUGUACUCCUGGAAUCAGACUUUAAAUAAAUAUAACUUUCUAAAUUAUA